AAACUGCCAGUUGAAGCAGACUCGUUUAACAGUAACUCCAUUCCUGUGCAGGGCUGAAGGCUUAGAUUGUGGUUUGGCUAUAGACUAGAUUCCGCCAUACCUGACACUAUACUUCUUUGAUUGGUUUUUCAGGGUGGUAACUGUAUUUCACUAUAUUCCUGAGCUUAUGCUGAAUCACUGCUUUAUUUGCAAUGAAUGGGGCCUUUCCAUCCAACGCCUUGCGGCAAUAUAUCAGCAUGGAGCUCGGCAGUAAAGGUUAUACAAUAGCAUGCACAGUAACUUAGUGUUAGAGUCCACUAUUUAUAUGUAGGCUACUUUCUUUCUUUUUUUUUUUGACUAAAAAGAAACUUUGUUGGUCAUAAAGCCAAUGGGAACUUGGUGUCCUGUAAUAUCAUUAAUCAAAUCGUAAUGUUAGAGGUUCAUUCUUCUUGCUCUGAGAGUAACAUUGAGAUAAAGGUCAAGAUAAUAUUUACGUAUCCUUGAUGAGAGGAUACAUUGAGAAACAACACUCAAUCACGUGGAUUGGAGCAGGGUUAGAGGAAGAUAAUAAAAGGGGGAGAGUAAAAGAAAAGCUUUCAGAAAAUUUUUAGACUCAAUAAAGAACAGCAUGUGUAUCUCAGCGGUGAGUGUGGUGCUGUUACUGUUCAUUUUGUGGAUGCUUGUGGUCCAACUCUGGAGACAGACUAACAGGAAAAGUGAUGGAGAUGCCAAAGCAAGCAACAAACCUGAAGCUGCUGUGCCCAAACUCCUGCACUCCCUCUCUAAGCGCUUCCUUAGUCCUCUUUCUCCUGCUCUUCCUGGUCCAUUCUCUCUCCCUUUGCUGGGCAACAUGCUGGAUCUCGCAAAAGAUCAUCUGCCCAUCCACUUGACUGCACUGGCGCAUCGCUAUGGAAAUAUCUAUCAGCUCAACUGUGGCAGCACAACCAUGGUGAUAUUAAACAAUAGUGAGAUCAUCCGUGAGACUCUGAUUAAAAAAUGGUCUGAUUUUGCUGGGAGGCCUCAUUCAUAUACAGCUGAUAUAGUGUCAGGUGGUGGGCGAACCAUUUCUCUGGGUGAUUUCAGUGAGGAAUGGAAGGCUCACAGGCGUGUGGCACAUAAUGCUCUGCAGCGCUGCACGACUGAUUCCCUGCACUCUGUCAUAGAAAAGCAAGCACACCAUCUCUGUCAGGUGUUGCGGGACUACAAAGGAAAAGCAGUGGAUUUAUCUGAAGAUUUUACUGUGGCCGCGAGUAACGUCAUCACAACACUAACCUUUGGCAAAACUUAUGAUAAGAGUUCAGAAGAGCUGCAGAAGCUGCAGGACUGUCUGAAUAAGAUUGUGUCUCUUUGGGGUUCACCGUGGAUCUCAGCGCUGGACUCCUUCCCUCUGCUCAGGAAAUUACCCAACCCCCCAUUCUCUCGUCUCAUGAAGGAGGUAGCUAGACGUGAUGAACUGAUAGGGAAACACAUAGAGGAGUUUAAGAGAAGUGACCAUAAAGAAGGCAACACACUGACUUCUUCACUUCUGCAGUGCCUUGAACCACCACAAGGGGCAGCCAAUCAAAUGACUCUGACAGACACUCAUGUGCACAUGACUACAGUGGAUCUGCUGAUUGGAGGGACAGAAACUACUGCGGCCUUGCUCAACUGGACUGUGGCCUUCCUUUUACACAGGCCUGAGGUUCAGAAUAAAGUGUACGAGGAGCUGUGUGGUGUGCUAGAUGUGCGGUACCCUCAGUACAGCGACCGACACAGACUGCCGUAUCUGUGUGCGCUGAUCAAUGAGAUGUUGAGACUACGGCCUGUAGCUCCCCUCGCCGUGCCUCACAGAGCCAUACGAAACAGCAGUAUUGCAGGCCAUUUCAUCCCCAAGAAUACAAUAAUCAUUCCUAAUCUGUAUGGUGCCCACCAUGAUCCAGACGUUUGGAAUGACCCAUACAGCUUCAAACCAGUGAAUCUGAUUUAUUUCAGAACGAUUUUUGGAAGGUGGUGGCGGGUCCCUUCGUGCCCUGAUUCCUUUUGGAGGGGGGGCACGACUGUGUCUGGGAGAGGCAGUAGCCAAAAUGGAAAUGUUUCUCUUCACGGCUUAUCUGCUGCGAGACUUUCAGUUCCUGCCUGCCAGUAAAGAGGAGCCUCUGCCUGACCUGCGAGGCGUUGCCAGUGUGGUUCUUAAAGUCAAACCAUACACAGUUAUAGCACACCCAAGAGAACAGUAACUGAUUAUGAAUAGAGUGCCUCAGGAUUGAGUUACCCAGAAACGAGUUAGCAUUUUUGAACUUCCAGUUUAAUCAUCCCAAUGUCAAGGUUUUUUUUUGUUGUUGUUUUUUUGCAUGGGUUAACAGAAGCUCAAGAUAUUUUAUUUUUUAAUUCUACAAUAUAAAACACAUCAGUAAUAACCCACUCAUGAUUUUUUUAAGCUUUUACAAGUGACCGAAUGGGACUACAGAGGUUGUCAGAUAUUAAACGCCAUCAUGCCGAACAAGAAUAAUUGUCUACUCACUAUUCAGCUUUUACAGCCUUCUUGAGUUGUGAUCUUUAUUAACCUAUUCUAACUCCAACUUGUAGAUUUUACACAAAGAGUUGUUGGAAGCUUAGUGAUGGUGACACUGAAGUCACCAUGGUGUAGACCAUUUGUUUAUAAUCUAAAGUCUAGGCUUCAAAAUUCAUAAAAUAUGUGUUCAUAUGUAAUAUUAUCUUGGUGAACAAUACGUGUAAGAAUCAUAAACUUUUGUUGGUUACAGAGCUUAUUUUUUGCAAUUAUCCAAAAGUCAAUGGAAAAAUGUUGAGGGAAUCAGGGUGAUGCUAACUUAAGGGACGGCCUACAGAAAUGCAUCAUCUGCAGCACUCUAGCUGGAAACAUUUUUCUUGUCAUAAACAUAGAGAGUAAUGUGAUUUAGGGCUUCUUUGGGUACUUUUGAGCAACAGCUUACUGUUUAACUAGAAACCUAUGUGUCACAAUAAAUCAAAUUCUGGUUAAAUUGCGCUAUAAAUAUAUCACUGUAAAGAAUUCUAAUAAAGCUGAAGUAAAGCAUUAAAAUGGAUGGCUAAAUGCACAAUGUCUAAGUAGUUUUAAGUCAAAACUUUUAUUACAUUUAAAUUGAUUAAAUGCUAACAUAUUUCAAUAAUUUAUGUUAUAAAAUAUUUGAUCAUUUACAUCAUAAGCACCCUGUAGAUCUAUUUCUUCUAUGUAUUUUCUACAAUUUUUUGCUAUAUCAUUUAACAAGGCAGUCCAUUGUCGACUAAGCUUUUUUUUUUUUUUGUCGACUUUUUUUUGUUUGUUUGUUUGUUUUUGAUUGUCUGUAAACAUGGUGAUCAGUCUAAAGUAAUAAUAACUUAAAGGAACACUCCACUUUUUUUGAAAAUAGGCUCAUUUUCCAACUCCCCUAGAGUUAAACAGUUGAGUUUUACCGUUUUCGAAUCCAUUCAGCCGAUCUCCGGGUCUGGCGGUACCACUUUUAGCAUAGCUUAGCAUAGUUCAUUGAAUCUAAUUAGACCAUUAGCAUCUCGUUAAAAAAUGACCAAAGAGUUUCAAUAUUUUUAAAACUUGACUCUUCUGUAGUUACAUCGUGUACUAAGACCGACGGAAAAUGAAAAGUUGUGAUUUUCUCGGCUGAUAUGGCUAGGAACUAUACUCUCAUUCCAGCGUAAUAAUCAAGGAACUUUAAAAGUGGUACCGCCAGACCCGGAGAUCGGCUGAAUGGAUUCGAAAACGGUAAAACUCAACUGUUUAACUCUAGGGGAGUUGGAAAAUGAGCCUAUUUUCAAAAAAAAGUGGAGUGUUCCUUUAAGAUGUUUGAGUUUAACUGGGGAAUUGUGCAUUAAAGAUACUGAUUAUUAUAAAUUUCUUGAAUUCUUAAAGGUACACUCUAUAUUUUUAUGUUGCAGAGAUAUCUAGCGGCAUAGAUGCAGCAUCACACACACACAUAGACAUAAUGGUUUUUAUAUUGUACAAACUGUAUAUUCUAUUACCCCUACACUACCUCUAAACCUACCCAUCACAGGAAACUUUCUGCAUUUUUUGAAUUUUUGAAAAACCCCAUUUAGUAUGUUUUUUAAGCCAUUUGGUUUAUGAGGACACUUCAUUUUUACGUUGUAAUACCCAUGUCAUUAUACACAUUUGUGUCCUCAUAACCCAUGUAUACAAGAGCACAUACACACACACCAUGAUUUUAUGUAUUCCAUGAGAAACACUGUUGGAUAACAGUGCGGUAACCGAAAUGGUGCUGUUCCUCUCUCAUCCACUAGAGGGAAGAACACACACUCUACCCGCUAAGCGCAGAACUGCACACACUUCCUGUGCUUGCUCCGGUUGUUGAUAAACAGCGAGCACAUGCUGAACGCAAUCUUUGUCAUUUUACCUCAGAAAAGUAUGACAACUACUUUCAUUUAAAUCUUAAUUCAGUAGCUUGAAGUUUUGCAAUUUGCCAUGUCUCUGUAAAUACACGCUGAACAAUGAAAGACCUCAUUUACUGCUCAGGUAGGGCGUGACAGUCCUAUUCGCUACAGUACAAUUUCCAGCUGUUAGGCACUGAUGGAUUUUAUAAAAGAGUUUACCACAGCCAUUACAUUUAUGAUUUUGUCUGUCUCAUCACUUCAUGCUGCAUAUCAGCUAUUCAAGGAUCACAGAGCUUCGUCAGUGGGCUUUCUUCUGAUUGGCUGCUCCUCUGUCCUUUCAUUCUUUUCUCCCAGUAACCAAAUUAUCAUGUCACUCCAGAACGAUCUAGAAUGGGCAGGUGAAUCACUUGGACCUGCGCUUUCUACUUUUGACUUCCUGUGGCUUAGUGAUGACCACAUCACAGCCCGUAUCCUCCUGAUUGGCUCCACUUUUUUCGUAAUACUUUCUGAUUGGCUAUCUCCAGAUGGGUUGGUCAUAAUGUCACGCUGCCUGGCCUUUUCUACCCUUUCCUGUUCGCUGACAGUGUGUGCAUUUGCUGAAAAUGCAGCAGGGGCAGUAGGGAGUGUUGCCCUCAGUCUCCCUUUAUUAGUUUCCCCAAGAAGCCGAUCUGGAUCUUUGGGUUCCCUCAUGUUGCCUACAGAAGGACUCCUCAGCUGGAUCCUUAAAGUCAUCAUGGCUUUAGGAUGCUGGACCACCAGGAAGGCCCUUAAUAAAUACCUGCUUGAUUUGAAAGGCUGGGACUGACUUAGGCAGCAAGUAAUGUUUUCCAAAGAUAACAGAGAACCACAAAUUCUACAUUUUUACUCCCAGAUUACUAGCAGGCAUAUGUACUGUGUUUUACUGUUACAUGUAAAGGCCUUCUAUCUUAAUAAGCUAACAUUAUGGUGUAUUAUACAACAGAAACUGGAGUUUGUUUACAUCUAAUCAUAUAAUAGAGUUUGCUUAUAACAUAUUAAAUCCAUUACAGUGACAUUGAGGGAUUUUAAAAUCCCUAAGUGAUGAAUAAAUUGUUUAGCAUCAUCAACAAUGUAGUCCUUUGUAAAGAAAGAAUGGGACUCUGUUUAAGUCAGUGUUGCCAUGUCCACUUAUUAUAAGCAGCUUUGGUAAAUGUGUGUGUGAUAAAUCUACUCAUUACAUAUAUAUAUAUAUAUAUAUAUCUACUCAUAUAUAUAUUCAAAACUUUUUAUUUUUGUAAAAUGAUAUAAUUAUUGAAAAUGUUUUCUGAAUGUCAAAAUUGCAACAUAACUUUAUUUAAUGUGUGUUUUAUACAGGUUUAUAGUAAAAUAAGGCAGUGAACAAAAAACCAAAGUAGGUUGUUUUGGUGAUGAUAGUUGCUUAUUUUGGGAUUGUUUUCAUCACUCAUUUGUUUAGCAAGAUAUGGCAACACUAGUUUAAAUGUACAUCGUAUUACUUGUAUGUACUGAGGACAUGUUGAUUCAAACAAUGAAGCACAGAUGAUAUAUAUAUAUAUAUAUAUAUAUAUAUAUGUAUAUAUAUUCAUACAAGUGCAUCUCAAUAAAUUAUCAUUUAUUUCAGUAAUUCAACUCAAAUUGUGGAACUCGUGUAUUAAAUAAAUUCAAUGCACACAGA